AUGUCAAAGAUACACAAUAAAUACUCACAAGAAUAUAAUACGGAAUUAAAAAGAUUGAGUUUGAUUUUAGAUAACCAAGAAUCUGAUGACAAAAAAUCAAAACAAUUAGAAAAAUUAUUGCAAGAACAUACUGAUUUAAAUAAUGAACAAGCCGAAAAACAAGACCAAAUCAGAAAGACUGCUGAUGAAAGAAAACAACUCUUAAAUAUCGCCUCCUACUCGCGAGAAAUAGAAAAAGAAGAAACCCGCUUAACUACUAACUCCACCACCCACAACCCGAGAAUGAAAAAUUUUCUCGGAACAGCCAAUGCGACUAAUCAUUUUACCCCAUCCAGUGGCACCCUGAACAAUCUUUACAAAAUCAAAGUUAACAAUUCAGAGAUAGAAACCACCGAAGAACAAAUUCUCAACACCAUCGCUUACCUAGUCCAAGCCCUCAAAAAAGUGGACCAUUCUGAUUUCACCGCUAAGUAUAAUGCCAAGGAGACCGAUACUGCCAAACAAACCAAGGUAAAAGAUUAUCUAACCCGCCUCCAACAGCAAGAGAUAAUUAUUGGUAAUAAUACUUACGACUUCGCCUCUACUUAUCAGAAAUUUGAUAAAACACCCACUUUUAACUAUCAAGAAUUCUUUGAGUUCAUAGAACUAACUCAUAAUCAACCAUUUUUAAAAGAUUUAGAUGCUGACAAGCAAAAAAAUAUUCCGACCGGAGGAAAGGAAUUGGCCGAUUACGGAAUUAAUAUUGAUCCAACUAAAACUACUCUUUAUAAAACCGGUUCAGAAAAACAAACCCUAGCAGUCGACUCCGUAACCGACGGAACUAAUUACACUUUGCCCGAAAGUCUAACCAGUAUCCAAGAACUCAAAGACCAACUAGAAAUGGAAAAACUGGGAGCCGCAGUAAAAUUGGUGGAACUUAAAAAGACUAUUGAAGACAAAACCCAAGAAAGAGAUGCUAAACAAGUUGAAAUCCAAGUUAAGGAAAUCCAAAUUGACACCCUGAUUAGGGAAAUUUUGAGUAAAAAACGAGAGCAAUUAACUGCUCACAACAUUAGCAAGGGCUUUGCUAAAACUGCUAGUGAGGACAAUAGACGAGAUAUAGUAGAAUUGAUUAACAUUAACCAACUACUUUUAGAAAUUCGCUACUUAGAAAAUGAGGGGGAUGCUACUGCCAUAAGCACAGUAGAUACUGAAAAUACCGCUCUAACUGCCGUUGAGGAUAUCACGACUAAACUUUAUUCUUGUGAUGGUGAUUGUAAAUUAGUAGAACGCUUUUGUAAUUUUGCUUUUGUUGGCGGUGAUAGUAAAUUGGAUAUUCAAAAAGCCAUUGCCUGCAUUAAGGCAGGUAAAUAUAAGGACAAGGAUGGCCAAGUAAAAAAACAUGGUAAAAUUGCCGAGGUAGAAAAAUUGCUUAAAAAAGUGAUAGGAACAGAUGGUAAGGUUAAAACUGAGUUUAUUGAGGAAAUCAAAAAGUCGGAUGCUACCCUCGUGGAUUUAAAAUCCCUUCUCCAAAAAGAACCCAAAGAUAUCAUUACUUAUAUUGCUCGCUUUACUUAUAACCAACUACCUGACACGGGAGAUGAAAAAAAUAAAAAGAAGACCCAAAUGAAACGAAGAAUUGCCAAAAA